CCCUCUCUCUCUCUCUCUGACAUACACACACAACACAACACACACACACACACACACACACACACACACACAUUCACACGCCUACAGACGUUCGGUCAAACAUCCAGACCCUCGCUGAAUCAUUCACCAAAGAUAAAAGACACCCUGUUGGCCUGAGAAAGAGAAAGAGAAAGAGGGAGGGAGAGAGAGAGGAGCAGCCGCGAUUCCCUCCUUCUUUUUCAUUCACUUCCUCUCCCUCCGUCUGCACUGAGGAGACCUCACUGCUCAGCCUGCACUCGCCUAUACUUUUGAUGUUGGGCGCAAGAAUUUGAUAUCUGUCACACAAGGGCAAAAACAGAUCCCAUGCAGUCUCAGCAACGUGCGGACGUGGUCGGGGAUCAGAAUGGCUCCCGGAUCAUCUUCUCUGGGGAGCCUGAUGGUUCCUCAGGUCAGCAGAUCCUAACGUCUCCAGAGCUGACCCAUGAGGUUGUCAUCUCCCCUGGACUUCCCACACCUCCUCUGAGUCCUUUUCGCUCCACAAGGCAGCCAUAUGGAGAGUUCAAGGUAACAGAAGUGAAUGGAAGUGGACCAACAGCCCUCAGCUUUGGAUCUUAUUAUGGUCCCUCACAAACACAUGGCGGGCUGUCCAAUGGCGUCCAGAGCUCCUCCACUUUACCACGCAGCUGGACCCCCACCAGGGAGGAGAGGCUCAUCAAGUUCUCAGGAAUUGGUCCAGUUGAUGAAACGGGCAUGCCCAUUGCCUCCAGAUCGAGUGUGAACAAGCCCAGAGACUGGUACAAGAGCAUGUUCAGACAGAUUCACAAGAAGCCAGAGGAACCUGAGCUGGAGGAUUCAGAGCGGUGGUCAGCCGAACGGCUCCAGUUAUCUGCCAACAGCGAAGAAAGUAAUGAAGCGGACAAGAAUCUCUUCAGGCUAACACCUUAUGGUGCUCUGCCAGACUGGAGUGAGGAUGUAGAUAAGCUGUCAGACCCGGGAAAGCAGCACCCUCAGCCGAAGAGCAUAUUCGACUUUGAGCCUGGAAAGAGCGCCGCCUCAGAGAGCCGCAGCCAGGCUCAUUUAGCUCCGAGGAAACAGCUGGAGAAACCAAAGUCCCCGUCUAUUGAGGCCAGUCUGGUCUCUGAGCUGAGUCGUUUUGAGGCUGAGCUGGACUCGGAGAUCCAGGGCCUGGAGAGGAGACUUUCCCAGAAGAAGCAGCAUCGAGGCCGGGGUGAGGAGGCCAGAGGCCGGGAUCCAGUGACCGCUCCACAGACCGGGACCACACACUACAGCAGUUCAUCAGCAGCAAGGCAGCCGGUCCAUCGCCCCGCUGGAACAUCAUCGACCUCUGCUCCCACAUAUGAACGUCUUUCCCCUGCAAAUGAGACCAUGGAGCACCCACCCAAGAAAGAGGAGAAAAAGAUGAAAGCAGCGCGUGCCAAGUUCAGUUUCCAGGCUCAGUCACCCAAGGAGCUCACGCUGCAGAAAGGCGACAUCGUUUACAUCCACAGGCAGGUCGAUGCCAACUGGUUUGAAGGAGAACAUCACGGCAGAGCUGGCAUUUUCCCCACAACUUACGUGGAGAUUCUGCCUCCUUCAGAGAAGCCGACUCCUAUAAAGCCCCCCACCCUGCAGGUGUUGGACUACGGGGAAGCUGUGGCUCUGUUCAACUUCAACGCUGACCUACCUGUUGAACUUUCUUUCCGUAAGGGUGAGGUGAUCGAUAUAACCCGGCGUGUUGACGAUAAGUGGUUAGAGGGGAGGAUCUCAGGGACCAGCCGGAGUGGCAUCUUCCCCGCCAGUUAUGUCCAGGUCAACAAGAUGCCCCGCACCAAAUACUCCACGGAUGACUACUCACCUGGCCCCAUGUCGCCUGUCUCUCCUGGACCUCAGAGUCCUGGACGUCCACUCCACUCACCCUGCCCGCGAUCACCGCUGUCCCCUUACACCCCCACUUCCCUCAGCCCCAAGCCUGAGCACUCCCCCCUGAAGCCGUCCUCACCUGUGCCUUACGGCAGCCCAGCUUCACAGUCACGCUCCCCCACGCAGACACCCAAAGAAACGACCAGUCAGUGGCCCCAGAGCUCCCCAAAAACCCUUUCACCCACCAUCCAGAACAGCCACUGGGCUGGGACAAACUCAGCUAACCAGAGCUCCGCUGUUAGAGCUGUUUCACCUUCCACUCAGUCGUCAGCGUUCGCACACAGAGCAGGAGCUACCACAGCGAACACUCCCAGAUACACUGACCCCUCACAGGGUGCAAUACCAAACCAGGCUGCUCCACCUAAUCCACACGUUAACUCCCUGCCACACACGCAAAUGAAAAACAACCCUGGUUCUGCUGUGGCGCAACACCAACCAUACAAAGCUGUUUACAACUACAAACCACAGAACUCAGAUGAGUUGGAGCUCAGAGAAGGAGACAUCGUGCAAGUGAUGGAGAAAUGUGACGAUGGCUGGUUUGUAGGUACGUCAGAACGGACUCGUGCUUUUGGGACUUUUCCUGGGAAUUAUGUGGCACCGGUUUGACCUCCCCACAUCCUGCUUGCCCCCACGUCCACCUGGACUCCACCAGUCACUCCUUCCAGCAGAUCCUGCUCUGACACCCCAGAGUUUCUUUUCCCAUUUACCCUCCACACUCCUACAUCUGGUUGAGUCAGACCUGCUUGUUUCCCAGAACAGAGGUGAAGGCAGGGACACUGUGUGGUUUCUCACCUCACCUCCCUGCAUGAGUGCAUGUGUGUGUUCCACUGAGACUUGCGGAGUGUUUUCACACACGCCACUUGAGAGGAAAGAAUGAAUGCUGAUGAUACUGUUUCAGAUGCGGAGAAUGGGCUGUUUGGUUCCACAGCUAUUUGCAGCUGCAGGAAAUUUGCAUUCCUUCCCUCUGAGCAGCUGAACGGUUCCUUCUGAGGCCCUGAUACAGUAUGAUGCUGCAUUCAGCUUUUUGUGACCACGGUGCCAUCACAAAAACCACCACAGAGAGUUUUUUUUAAUAAGGGUGGCACAUAUUUUCUGGCAUUAACAUUUCCUUCGCAUGUCUUCCUCAGAUUAUCUUACAGAUCUCUGAAAGCACCACGGGCAAGUUUGAGGAAACAACAUGAACAUCUGUAGAUAUGUGCUUAAAGUAAACAUGACAUGUUUACAGCACUUUUACUACGCUAUGCAGAAGAGCAAAUAUGAUUAUUGCAUGUAAGUUGAUCUUUAGAGAAUAUUUGGCAUUUUUAAAAAAAAUAACAAUUGUCCCUCUUAAGCCAUGGAGUAUGAUGCCAAAGUUAAUAGCUAAAGUGAUCAUGUUCUGUUCUGUGUUGUAAAAGUUAAAUUUACGUUAAUUCCUCCACAGCAAAAAGUGGAACGAUCGUUUAAUGUUUUUGAAGUAAUGCUAUAUGUGCCAAAUCUAACCUUUUAAUAACACUUCUCUUUUAAAUAAUGUCUUCUCUGCUUACGGGGUUAACACUCACACUUUGACAGUAUUCCCAGAACCACUUGCUGUAUGUUUAAUGUAACCUUUGACAAAUGUGGCGUUUCUAAGCCGAAAUUAGAAAUCCCCAUCAUGAAGUUUUAUUUGAUAUAUCAUAUAUUCAUGAUUUUCACUGUAAAAAAGAAUCAUAUUAGAAGCCACAGAUGAUUGUACAGACUGUAACCUUUUAUCAAAUUGAAAGUAUAAUAUAUAUUUGCUUAUAAAAAACAAUGUAUCUCAUGUGUAUGGUACGCAAUUUUUUAAAAAAGCUAUUAAACUUUACAGAGUGAUGCUGAGUA